AUGUCUGAGUUUGUAAACAUUGCUAUGGACUCGAAUAAAAAACCACUCCUCUUUCUAGACAUGAUACUGCAAGACUUUCCAACGGAACCCAUAAAAACCCUGGUGGAUUCAGGAGCCACUUCCAAUUUCAUAUCCCCUUCCCUAGUAGAAAAACUUAAAAUACCAAAAACCCAACUCAAAAAUCCACAAGUUGUGAGAAUGCUAGAUGGUACAAUAUCCCAGACUGGUCGCAUAUGGCACCAGGUACAACUCGCGGUUUUGGCCAAUGGCCACCCACAUACCAUUCCCUUCCUGGUCUGUCCCAUUGGAAACACUCCGGCAAUACUUGGCAUGACAUGGUUAACUCAGGAGUCACCUCUUAUUGACUGGUCCCAAGGCACCAUCACAUUCCCUGACCAAGCCCAAAUAGCCUCAGAAGAAGAAGCAGAUCCCAACCCAUUAGCCGACCUGCCCACGGAAUACCAUGAGUUUGCUAAAGUCUUUGGCAAAGAGGAAUUUAAGGUCCUCCCCCCACACAGGGAGUAUGAUAUUGCCAUUGACCUAAUUCCCGACGCCAAACUCACUCCUGGACCCAUCUACGGCAUGACGGACGCAGAAUCCAAGGCGCUUAAACUACAUAUUGAGGAGGAAUUAGCAACGGGCAAGAUCCGCCCCAGCACUUCCUCCGCAGGCGCCCCUGUAAUGUUUGUUAAGAAGGCGGAUGGAUCCCUGAGGCUCGUAGUAGACUAUCGAAAACUCAACGAUGUCACCCAUAAGAACGUCUACCCUCUUCCCAGGCAAGAUGACUUAAUGGCCAAGCUUAGGAAUGCAAAACUGUUUACCAAACUGGAUCUACGAUGGGGUUACAACAACGUCAGGAUUAGAGAAGGAGAUGAAUGGAAAACGGCAUUCAGAACCAAAUACGGGCUAUUCGAAUACCUGGUAAUGCCAUUUGGCCUCACCAACGCCCCUGCCGCCUUCCAGCAUUUCAUGAAUGACUUGUUUAGGGACCUCAUCGACGUCACCGUGGUGAUAUACUUGGAUGAUAUUUUGAUCUUCUCUGAAAACCCCAAAGAACACCCAUCUCAUGUCAGGGAAGUCCUGUCCUGGCUAUUGAAGAAUCAACUAUUCUGCAAACUAUCCAAGUGCCACUUCCACGUCACCACGGUAGAUUACCUUGGUAUUGUUAUCUCCCCCGCCGGCUUCUCCAUGGACCAGAAGAAGAUCGAAGCCGUUACUACGUGGCCCACACCUAAGACGGUCAAACAGGUCCAGGCCUUCUUAGGGUUUGUUAAUUACCUUCAACGGUUCAUCCCCAAUUUCAGUACGGUAGCACGCCCCCUCCAUAAUCUCACAAAGAAGGAAUCCCCUUGGUCAUGGGGAAAUUCAGAGGAAACUGCGUUCAAGGAAUUAAAGGCAUUGGUCACUCAAUCCCCGGUCCUGAUCCACUCCAAUCCCGAGCUCCCCUACUACCUGGAAACAGACGCUUCGGGAGUAGCGAUGGGCGCCAUCUUGAGUCAAAGAGGUCCAGAUAACCGGCUGCAUCCCAUUGCCUAUAUGUCCAAGUCCUUCUCAGGAGCAGAAGCCAAUUACAACACCCACGAUAAGGAGCUCCUGGCCAUCAUCAAAGCGCUAGAGGAAUGGAGGAUAUUCUUGGAAGCAACGGACAAACCGGUACAGGUCUUCACGGAUCAUAGGAAUCUGGAGUAUUGGAUGCAGGCACAAACAUUUAACCGGAGGCAUGCCCAAUGGCGCAUAUUCCUGAGCAAUUUCAACUUUGAGAUCCACUAUCGCCCAGGAAAGCAAUCAGGGAAACCAGACGCCCUGUCCAGACGAUUGGACUACGUUGAUACAUCACCAGAACCAGAGGUAAUGCUCCCCGCAGAGGUCUUUGCCAAUACAUCAGAAGAGGAACUGGAAAUUGUCACAGAAAUACGCUCCAAGCUAAGGGAAGAUCCAUCCCUUGAGCCUAUCAUCCAAUUCCUAACUGAAGACGCGGAUAACGCUCCCCCCUCCAUUCGGAAGGCUUACAGAGACUACGACUGGGAGGAAGACCUACUAUGGUAUCGAGGGAAACUUGUGGUUCCGGACUCAGAAGCCCUGAAGGAACGAUUACUCAGGGAAUUCCAUGACUCCCCACUAGCGGGUCACCCAGGCCAACAAAGGACCCUGGAGCUCUUGAGCCGCAACUACUGGUGGCCGGGAAUGAAGUCAUCCGCCAAGGAAUGGGUGGAAUGCUGCCCCACUUGUCAAGCCAAUCGUCGUGCCCACAACCCGGUCAUAGCCCUAAAACCCUUAGAAGUUCCCCCCUUUCCAUUUCACACUAUCUCCUAUGACUUCAUCACGGGUUUUCCCAAGUCAGAAGGACAUGAUGCAAUCCUGGUAGUCAUUGAUUCGUUCUCCAAAUUAGGCCACUUCAUCCCUACCUCGAAAAAGGUUUCAGCAAAGGGCUUGGCUGAUCUCUUUGUCUCCCACAUCUGGAAACUUCAUGGGCUCCCCGUCAAAACUAUAUCAGAUCAAGGGACUACAUUCACAGGGAAAUUCCUUAGGGCCCUCUACCAACGAUUAGGGAUUAAACCUUCCUUCUCCUUGGCCUACCACCCUGAAUCAGACGGCCAGACGGAACGUGUCAACCAAUUUAUCAAGUUCUACCUAAGGUCUUAUGUAGCAGCAGAUCAUUCAGAUUGGGUUAAGUGGUUACCACUUGCGGAGUAUGCCUAUAACAACGCCAAGCAUUCAGCUACUGGAAAAACCCCGUUCGAAUUAAUUUAUGGUAGAAACCCAAUCAUGAAUUUGUCAAACACCCCUGCAAACAUCCCAGAAGCAGACCUUGUGGCAGAUACCCUAGCCAGGGAAUGGAAGGAAGCCGAAGCAGCCCUCAGAAUGAGCAAGGAACGGAUGACAAGGGAUAAAGGAACAGUCCCGGAAUAUUCAAUAGGGGAAAAAGUCUGGUUAGAUGGAAAAAACGUAGAACUUAGGACAAAUUCCAACAAGUUAGACCCCAAGUGCCUAGGCCCCUUUGAGGUAUUAGAGAAGGUAUCCAGUCACACGUACCGCCUCAAACUGCCGGAAACCCUAAAAAUCCACAACGUAUUCUAUGUGGGUUUGUUAUCCAGGGUACACAUAUCCCCAAGUCAACCAUUUCCAGAAAAACCCCCUCCUGAAACAAUAGAAGGGGAAGAAGAGUAUGAGGUGGAACAAAUUAUCGAUUCCAAAAGACAACGGGGAAAAUGGUUCUACCUAAUCAAAUGGAAGGGUUAUGGCCCGGAAGACAAUUCCUGGGAACCAGAAGAACUCCUAGAGCACAGCCAAGAGGAAAUCCAACGAUUCAACAAGUCACAACUGAAAAAGGCUCGUGACUCCGCCAAGAGCCUUUAA